CGGGCGGGGUCACGUGUUGUUUUCGCCGUGCCGCUCUCCCUGCCCCCGCUCCAGUCUGUCUGUGGUGAAUGUGUACGGCGAGGAGAGGAGCCGCUGCUGAGCCGUGCACGCCGGGGGGAGACGGAGAUUCCCGGCGCCUAGACACAGCGCCAUGCGUGUCCUCUGAACCCCCCUCUGUGAGGCGCUAGAAGGCGGACGCUGAGUUUCAUUCACUGGCAGAGGGAAGGUAGGACGCCGGCGAGCUCCGUACAUAUCCCGGGAAGCAGAGCAGAGAGGCCAGCCCUCGGGGGCUCCCCUUUUCCAUGGCGGGUGUCCUGAACGGUGAGGAGGACAGAGCCGGCAGGACAAGCAUGAAGCCCGCUCCUGCGUCCCCCCCUCAGGAGGAGAGCGGCUGUGGGCGUCUGCCUCAGGUACAGGAGGAGAGUGUGGUCACCUGUGAGGAGGACGUGCAGAAGCGUGGCUACCUGAGGAAGCAGAAGCAUGGCCACAAACGUUACUUUGUACUGAGGGCACACAGCCACCUGGGUCCAGCCCGGCUGGAGUACUAUGACAACGAGAAGAAAUUCCGGACUGGUCUGCAGCGACCUGGACCACCCAAGAGGGUCAUCUUCCUGUCCCAGUGCUUCACCGUCAGCCGGCGGGCUGACGCCAAGAACAAGCACCUGCUGGCCCUGUACACCAAGGACGAGUACUUUGCCAUGGUGGCCGACAGCGAGCAGGAGCAGGACUCCUGGUACCAGGCCCUCAGCCAGCUCAUCAACGAGAACAAGAAGUCCUGCCUGGCCGAGGACGACGAGCUGGAGGAGGAGAGCUACGGCGGCUUCCGGGCCGGCACCGUCUUCAAGGAGGUCUGGCAGGUCAAUGUCAAACCGCGGGGGCUGGGCCAGAGCAAGAACCUUUCCGGUGUCUACCGCCUUUGCCUGUCCAACAAGGCCGUGCACCUGGUCAAGCUCAACUCGGAGGUGGCCUGCGUCCACCUGCUGCUCAUGAACAUCCGCCGCUGUGGCCACUCUGAGAACUACUUCUUCAUUGAGGUGGGCCGCUCCUCGUCUACCGGGGCGGGCGAGCUGUGGAUGCAGGUGGACGACUGUGUGGUGGCCCAGAACAUGCACGAGACUUUCCUGGAAACCAUGAAAGCCCUAAAGGCCUACUCCGAGUUCAGGCCGAGGAGCAAGAGCCAGUCCUCCGGCUCCAACCCCAUCUCCUUUAUCACCACCAGACGGUAUUUGGGCAACCUGCCACCCAGCCAGACCGGCCUGCAGAGAAGAUCGAGGACUGAAAGCAUCGCCGGUACUCCUCCAACGUCCAAGAGCAACUCUUACCGAUUUAGGACCUCCAGCGAGGGUGAAGGUACCAUGACCAGGCCGUUCAGGUCAGUGACUGGCAGUCUGAUCCACUUAAAUACGGCACGGAUAAAUCUGAAUAAGCAAGAAGGUACUGGGAGAUAUGUCAGGGCACCUUUUAAUUCUGGCUACCACUCCAGAUCAGCUUCCCUGCCAGUUUCCCAUUUUCCUUCAGCUACAAGCCCAAUAAACGUGUGUUCGAGUAGUGGCCCUGGGUCUGUAUCUGAUUCCCUGACCAGACCCUCCAGUUCUGUGUGUGGCUCUCCUAGUGAUGGUGGCUUUAUUUCAUCCGAUGAGUAUGGCUCAAGUCCUGGAGACCUCAGGUACUUUCGCGUGAGGAGUAAUACUCCAGACUCAUUGGGUAACACACCACCCAUACAAGAAGAAAACACCCUCAGUGAUUACAUGUCAAUGAGCACGAAAAGCCACACAGUUGGUCAGGAUGAUUACAUGGAAGCAGAGAAAAUUUUUAGAAAAAGAACAUAUUCCCUGACUAAGCCCACCCAUGUCACCUUGCAACAAAAGUCCCACGCGGGUGUUUCUUUUGAUGAAAACUCUGAAGAGAAGCAGUUUGCCUACUCUGAAUCACCAAAGUUAAAAGACAGCAAUCACCCCGAGGAUUAUAGUAAUGGCCUCAUUGAUUCUAUUUGUAACCAAAGUGGGAGUAAAGCCAAGGAUGAUGGCUACAUGCCAAUGAUGCCUUCAGUUUCAUACAAUGACUAUUUGCCAAUGGCACCCAAAAGUGUUUCUGUACCAAAAGAAAUAAUUUCCAGGUGCCCAUCUCAGGCGGAUUCAAAAGGGUAUAUGAUGAUGUUUCCAGCUGCCAGUUCGCCUGUCAGAAAUACAUUAACAGGAAAUACCUCUAAAGGCAGCCAAGAGAAAGUCACCAAUGGUGAGUACAUGGACAUGUCCUAUGGCAGCACCUCAAAACAGACUAUUGACUCUAAUGUAACUAACUCCAGAGGGUUCAGCUCUUAUUUUUCUUUACCCAGAAGCUUUAAAAGUUCUUCAAAACAUUGCAAUGAUCAUAAUGAGUAUGUUCCUAUGUCUUCUCCGGGAACGUUACUGCAAACGAGUGAGGAAAAUGUAAGUGAAGUGUGUAAGAAUGGGGUUGCAAACGGGAUGUCAAAGACUGAUUUGAAAUCUUCCAGUGACAUAUUAAAUCAUCAAGUUAGGGCAACAAGGCCAACUAAACUUACCCUUGCUAUGAGAGGGAGCAAUACAAUACCAAGAAUGUUUGACCAUUCUACUUCAGCUGAGCCAACCAGCCCUGGCGAAUAUAUAAAUAUUGACUUCAGUGAUAAAGCGGGUAGUACUCCCCAUUCUCUGUCUGCAGAAGGCUCACCAUCUUCUUUGGGCUCAAGUUGUGAUCACAGACAGUCCCCCUUGUCCGAUUACAUGAGUGUAGAAAUUGAUGUGCAAUCUCUGAAAGCCACAGCUGAAUUUUCUAACUCUCUAACAGACAUUUCUGCCUAUGCAUGUCCUGGUAUUUCCAGAGUUCAGCCCAGUGCAGAAUAUGCCAAGCUCCCAUGCGGUACAGCUUGUGUCACUACUACAAAUAAUAGGAAUGAUGAUUACACUACAAUGACAUUUAAUAUGGCAAUGACUCCCCCAAGACCUUUUCCUGAUGAAACUGAGAAUGGUACAAAGUUAGAAAGCCCAUCAUCUAUUGUAAAUCGGCUGUGUAUUGGGGAUAUGUCAUCCUUUAAAAGUGGCUUCCCCCCUGUCCUCAACCCUAAUGCAGAGCCUGUAGCUGGUCCUAAAGUUAUCCGUGUUGAUCCACAGGGAAGACGGAGGCACAGCUCUGAAACUUUCUCCUCUGCCAGCACAGUGACAACAACAUCCUCUUGCUUUACUGAAAGUGGCAAAAGGCAUAGUUCUGCCUCUUUUGACAACGUUUGGCUGAAGCCUGAUGAAAACAGUUGUGAUCAAGAGAAAAAAAUGUCUAGAAACUGCUCUACAGGUUUUCAGCAUGGUCUGAACUACAUAGCUCUGAGUAUGCAUGAUAAUGUCUGCGAGCCUGCCUCCCCAGUUUGCAGCCAGCACCAGAAUGGAAGCAGAAAUUUGGAAACAGGAGCUUAUGUCAGCAUCGACUUCUCCAGGCCUGACUGCCUGAAGUGUUCUGCCUUCAGAAAAGACUGAGUGCAUUACCAUGGAAACCAUAGAGAAGACUGUGUCACCCCAGCCUCUUUGCUGUAAAAACAGAAUGAGGUGACUUGGGAAGACAGAAUGCAGCGAGAUAAUGUGUGAAGCCGUGUUGAAUUUCAAAUGGACGCAUACUUGCUUUCCCACACAGAUUAAAUGUACAGCAAUUUAAAGCUUAUAUUGAUGUGUUGGCAAAGGAAGCUUUUUUUUUUUUUUUCAGCAUACAUAUUUUUGUGAGGAAAAAGAUGGCAUAUUUUGCAAAUUGCAUAUGGGAGAUUGCUGUGUUUUUCAGGAAGUGGCUCUGACUUGAGAAAUGGUUCAGAACUGGCUUCCAUAACGCUCUUGUGCCAUUUUACUUCCUGGACCUGCCCCACGAGUAUUUUCACAAUGUGCUACUGUAGCACCUAGGUGUAACACUAUGCUUUAAGAAUGUUUCCUAAAGUAUAGCCAAUUUCAGUUUAUAUAUUGGUUCUAAUUUUUGGGUACAGAUGAAACUACUAUAUAUGUAAAAUUAAGAGGUAUUUUGAGUUUGUCUCCCCCCAAAGUCUACUUAUUUUACUUGAUCUAUCAUAUGAAAAGAUGUCUCAUUCAAUGAACAAAGAUGCAUUUUUCUAUGGAACAUGAAUUUUUUUUUUUUUUAACCCCAUUGAAAACAUUUUUGUGAAUCCUGUGCAUUUUCUUUUUGUAUCAUUUUACGUUUAUGUAUUGGCAGUAUCUGAUUCUUUCAGGUGCACACUUGUAUAUAAUUUUUUUUUUCUCAUGAGACGAUAUACAUUUUUAUUUAACAUUCAGCAAAAAGUGCAGUAUUAAUUUUAUUAGUGAAAUGUUAGUUUCUGUAAGGAAUGUAGGGGUGGCUUCCCUGUUCCCUACAUCCCUGUUUUUACAAAGACACAAACUUUUGGUUCCCUGUGAAAGACGAUGUGUGCUAACAUUUAAAUGACACUAUUGGCAGUACAGCAUAAAAAAAAAAAAAAUAAUCUAAUGAAUACUGUGUUGCUCCUAAAUUAUGGGUACUCUGCCUUUUAAGGAUGAGUAUUUUAUUGCAUGAUUUUGGUGAUUAGUACACCUUGUUUUAAUUAGUAGUCCCGAUAACCCCCCCCCCCCCCCAAAAUGUGUGUUGCUGUGCUUAUACUCUUCUAGCAAACUUUGAUUUAGUCACUGCGAACAAUGUAUGCUGAAACGCAAAGCUGCCCAAUAACGUGUACCCCAUUUUUAAAGAGAACCAGUCACAGCUAGAUUUAUGCAAGACUCUUGACCAUUCCAUGUGCCCCCUUACUGUGGGCCUAUCCUUUGCUUCAAGCUCAGAGGUCACCUGAACUUUGACAGUUGCUGCCUUGCCAAAUACCUGACAUUACCCUGUCUUCCCUACUCCAAAGAGUGCAUGUUGGUAUCAAAUAAUAGAGGGCCACAAUUUUAUAUGCCCUUUCAAAAGGAAUUUAUAGUUUGUAAUUUAGUGAUAUUUGUACAUUGCAUUCAAAGGCUCUGCUUUCUCCAUAGCAGUGCCAAAUGGUGGUUCUUAGCGGACUUAUUGGAAACCAUGCACUUUCCAUGUAGUUGGGAUCUCAGCAGCAGUUAGAGGACGACAUAUUUAUGGUACUGGCUAAUAUGGGAAUAUCUGGAUUUAAUACAGUAACAAAAGCAUGAAAAUGGCAUCACUUGUAAAUGUGAAAGCCGAAUCAAAAAUAAAAGGUAUACACUGCAGUCUCUGAAGAUAUCUGCUAAGUGAAAUUUGUUGACUUUUUUUUCUUGGGUUUAACUGCAGAGUUUUAUUUGGCUGUGCACUCUUUAAGAGUUGAGACAUUUUGUGAAGGCAGGCAGCAGUUGUCACCCAUUAGGUGACCUCUGACCCCAGGUACUCAAAGCAUCAGCCUCAGUACAGCUAAAUAAGGGGGACUGUAUACCUUUCAUAAAUAAACAUGGCCUAGUACACAAUUUAAAUACAUACAGUAUAUGUGAAUUGUUUGACCUGCCAAACUAUUUGCAAUUCUGUGCAGCCAGUCCUGUGCUUGGGCACUUCUGCCAUACAAUACUGUUCUAGCCUUGCCUUCACUGCAAUACCAGCAUAGCUUGUUCAAGAACACACCCCUAGCCUGCUGAUUGGACAGCUAACAGUAUCGCUCUCCUCCUCCGGCUUUCUCCUUUUUGACAUAUACUGCAGCAGAGCCUAAUUGUCAUUGCUGGCCCUGACUUUCCCAAUGUGAGCCCUUCAGAGCAGCGGAAUACAGGUCGCUGCUAUCCAGGUGAAUUCAGGUACUUGCGCUAGUUAUUAAAAUACAAUUUAAUAAAAAGAAAAUGCAUUACUGCAUUUUAUUUUUUUAAAUCUGUCUGAACUUCAACUCAAUGGAUUUUCCAAGAUUUUUGCAUAAGUUCCAUUGUGACUGUUUCUUUCUUUAAUGUGAACCUGUGGUUUACUUCAUGCAGAGCAAAGACACAGGUUCACUUUAAUGAGGACCACACUAGGCUUUGGGAGUGAAGAGAACAGUAAGCCAUGUAUAAAUGCCAUGUGUUGAAUGUUACACAGGGCUGUGGAAUCUCAUCCAGUAUCUAAAUGGAGCAGUAGUUGAGGUAAGUAUAAGCUGCAAAUAGGGCCACUGUUUAAUUAAACCUGUUAAUUUGCCCUGUAUGAGCAAAGCGGGCUGGAAACUAACUUUAACAUUUUAUGUAUUUGCAACAUACUAAACUUUAUCGCAGGAAAAAAUCUAAUUGGUGAGAUGGCAGUUUUUGGUGGAGAUAACCUGGCACAUAUUUGCACCAUCUAAAAAGUACAACAUUUCUUAAACAAUUUGGGUAGGAAAGUAAGCGUUUGUGUAAAUGUAAUUUUGUUUAAGAACUGACUGGCUAUAUUGCCAACCCUGCUGAUAACCAGCUUCUGUACGAGUUCAUUCGAUUUCCAUAUCAUUAAUAAUACUAAAUUUUUUUUAAAUUUACAAAGUGCACUCUAUCCCCUCAUAGUAUCAUAGGGUUUGCUGCAUUUGCCCCUUUUUAUAUACACUUUAAUUUUUCAUUGAAACAAUAAAUAUUUAAUUUUUCAUGUUUCCAGAAUGGGAAAGCGGUACACUAGUUUUUGAAGUUUACAGACUUCUGUUUCAUUUUGGUCUGUUUAAAACUGUUAUUUGGCUUGGUAAUACACGAAGUGUAAGUUUUAAACUACAUGUAUUGCUUUAAAUGCCACAUGUUUUUCAGUACAAGAGUUUUUAUAUUGGGUAUAAACAAUUUUCUCAAUGCCAUAGAAAUCUUUGUUUUUAGUGACUGAUGUUAUCUUGCAGCUGCCAGUUUAAAUCUUACAGAUGGAUAACCUCAGCAUUUAGUAAGUUAAAUGUCAAACAGGUACAGCAUAAAAUAUGCAAUCUUAGUUUACAAACAAAACUAAUUUAUUCAGUAUUGUGCUGGAACAUAACUUUUGGAAUAUGUAAAGCAUAUCACUAGAUAAUAUCUUCCAGCUUUCAGUUUAUGCUGCUGUAUAGUAUACGAUUUACCAAUGAUGGAAGAAGUGUGUCCUGUAAAUUUAAUUUCAUAUUGGAAAGUUAUUUUGUCUGUACAAAUUAAUAAAACAUGGUUGGUACUGUUUGUUA